UCUUGCACAGUGGCAAGGGAAGAUAGUGAGAAAAAAAAGCAAAAACAAAAAAGAAAAAUCAAAUAGAAAAUUUUCUUGGCCGAGGGAUGUUUUGGAUUUCGAUUUCAGUCAAACAGAAACAACAUUCGGGGUGGUGUAUCUCUGAGAGUGCAUACCUACGGUUACGGUCGGAAAAUAGCUACAUCCUUUCCUUUUUUCUUCUCCCCAACUAAGUGCGGUGUGUCCUUAAAACAGAUUCGACUACCCCAAGAAAAUCAAAUGAAAAACCCAACAAAUUCAUAUUUCAAAAGAAAGAAAAUAUGUUGUGAACGAGAGUGAUAAUAAUAAAAUAUAUUAUAUUCUUUUUGUUUUACUCUUUUCUUUUAUAAACAACACUUCUUUGUAUCCAAUAAAAUCUCAAUUAAACUACUGUUGUGCAAUCGAUUGAAAUUCAAUUCAAUAUUAAGCAAUAUAUACGUUUCUAUUACUUUGGUAAUUUUCAAAUAAAUAAUUUAAAAAUCAACCAAAUAAAAAAAACACAAAACCGUGGAAAUGUCCAUUGAAAGCAAUACCCCUGUGGAUCCAAGAGUUCAAGUUGAGCUGGAAAAACUUAACUCUGCCACUGACAACAUUAACAAAUACGAAGUUGAAUUGGAGGAAGCCAAAUGUGAAUUCAAAAAACUUCUAGCCGAAAGUGUUGAAAAAAUAAAGCAAUCCGCCCACAAGCUUAGCAAUUCUAUUCAAACAGCCAAGCCUUACUAUGAAGCACGAUUAUACGCCACGCAGCUUUCAAAAGAAACACAACAAGCAGCUAGUAAUUUUGAAAAAGCUAAAUCCGUUCAUGCAGCUGCCAAAGAAAUGGUCUAUCUGGCCGAACAGGGAUUGGGAGAAAAAUCUACAUUAGAUACUGCCUGCCAAGAGAUGCUGAGUCAUGCAGCUGGACGCGUGAAUCAAUCUCAAGUUGAAUGCACUGAAACACGAAAUAUCCUAAAGAUGUGUGAACUUAAACAAGAAGUUGCCAAUAAUCGUGUUGCUAAACUGCAAUCACAGCUUAAAGGUGCCAUAAAGGCUUCGAGUUACAACAUUCGAAGAAAACUUCUUUUAAUCAAUUUAUUGGCAUACCAACAUGAUUUAUUAAUUUUACCCUACUAUGAAACUCGAGCAAACUAUAAUGGACUCCUAAAAACCCAAAAGGAGAGAAUAACAAGCCUAGAAAGUCGGGUUGCCGAAGCGAAGAUGUCGUAUAAUGAGGCAUUAAAGAAUCUAGAACAAAUAUCUGAGGAGAUUCACAAAAUGCGACAGGAGAAGCGGAAGAUCAUGCAAAUAGAAAAAAUGGCUGCAGAGACCCCUGCUCAAGAAGUUGUCACUUCACCAUUUCCGUGUCGCAUUGAGUCAUGUGAUGAGUAUCUGGAUAUCCCUCCAAAGUUAAGCACAAAAUCGAGUCCAGUUCGACAAAAGUAUCCCGACCAACACGACUGUCCACAUCUACUACAAGAUUUUGAGUCCGUUUUAAGAUUCCCGCCAGCGUCGACAGGCUAUGGAGACAUACCAAAGUCCUCGAGUGACACUCUGUGUUCGACAAUUGCCCGCCAACAAUUGGUUACUACUUCACCGAUAAUUACAAACGAUGACAUAGAGCAAUGGACUGAAAUCCGACUGUCGAAUUCGGGUAGCACCAGUUCCAGCUAUUCUCAUCAUUCGGGCAGUGGAGGCGGGCUGGCUAGUGGGUUGAUCGAUGAUCAUACACCAACUGGAAGUGAGACUUCUUCGUGUGAUGACACGCGAAAAGUAACCUGCACCACGGUUUUCAACAUCGACGAUAAUGUCGAUGAUAAGAAACGUGCUGCUGGAGAAACAGGCGGCAUAACCACAUGGAUCUCGAGAUCAAGUAGUUUCAAGACUUCUGGACGGAGACAGAGCCUAGAUUUGUUGAUCGAUGCCAGUGACAAGGUCAAGGAUGUGUUCACUUUUGGAAUGCAAAGAGUUGGAAAGAGUUUGGAGCGACGGAAUAGUGAGUCAGAGAUGAAUAAUGAAAAUAGUGAUUUUUUUCUCUUCUCAAGAUCAGACAAAGAUCAUCUUUCAGAUGAACAAGUUGAAAAUCUACUUUUAAACGAUGAAGGAGACUUAGUGUUACAAAAUAUGAACGACAUAUCAAAUUAUUAAGGACAAUUACAAUUAGAAGAAGAAAACAAAAUUAUGAAAAAUGUUAAUUCCAGAAGAAUUUAGCUAAUGCAAUGGAUACCUACUAUUUUUGAAUUAUUUUGUUAUUAUUUAUUGUUUAAGUGUAGAACAUUUAUUUUGUAUGAUUAUUAUGUAUAUUUAUUUGUUAAUUGUUUUGUUUUUCGCUUUUAUGAAAGACAACAUUACAUUCACAAAAAAAAACAAAAAACUUAUCUAGUCAUUUAGAAAAAUAUUAAUACAAAAACAAAUUAAACAAGGUUAUUAACAUUGGAAAGUUUAUACUUAUUAGAUGUUGAUUAAAGGCAACUGUUUUAAGGGAGUGAUAUUUCUUCAUUCCAAGAGAAA